AUCUUUGGCGGGUAAAGUAGAACACCACAUAGCAGAUCGAAAAGUCUCACUUUCUUGUUUAACGUAUUCCUAGUUUUCCUUCUUCUUCCAGACACCUUCCGUUGCAUCACUCGUUGUUCUUGUUCCUUAUGUUAUUCGGUUUGUAAUGAGUUCUAAGAGCUUCGAGCCUAGCUAAUAAUCUUGUUAACCGGAGUCAAGAGAGUAUAUUAAUCAGUCUUCUCUCCAGUCAGCUUCAUUAUUCUUCUUCGUCAGGACUCAAUAUGGGGAAGCAUAUGAAAAGCGAAAGUUCGAGUCCAAGACAUGGAUAUAAUCACAAAUCAGGCUGGUUAGCUGGAAUGCUUCAUGUGUUUGACUUUCACCGUUGGAGAACUAAGAACCGUCCAAUCUGUUGGAAGACUCCAAGGACCCAUUCUCUUAUGUACGAAACUAAUGAACAAGAACCUUUUCUUGAUUCUAAGAACGGAGAUUCACAGAUACUUAGUGUUGCUGUUGAAAAUCCAACGAGACAAUUGACAAAGAUGAUGACAACAAAGCAAGUAACAGAAUAUGUUGAUUUUCUUGAAAUCCUGAGGAAAGAAGAUGUGUCUGUCAAGAUACUGAAAGAUCCAAACUCUGAGUUUAAGAAGCAAGUGCAUAUCAAGUCUAGUCCAAGAGUCUUGCCCAAGUCAGGCUCCUUUCCUCUCUCUCGCUCUUCACGUCCCGCUAGGAUUGAGCACAAACUGAAGGAGAAUUGGUAUGCUCCAAAGCAGAAGGAUACCGUCUUAACUUUAACUGUUCCAAGCGAGAGUUAUCAAGAACACAAACCAAUCUUACCUUCUAAUGGCUCAGCUGAUGAUCAUGGAUUUAAUCAUGCGGUGGUAAAUGGAUUUAGAGAAAUCAAGAAGAUGCUCAAGAACGCUCUUAAAGACCGGAAGCAAACCAAGAAGGAUAAGAAGUAUUCAGCAGGCUCAAAAGAUGAUUCUAUGGGGAGAUAUCAUCAUCUCUUGGAAAAGAGUUUUGGAAGAAAAGUUGGUGACUUGCGUUCCAAGAGUUUAAAACUUUCAUACGAAGAGAAGAAGAGUCAACUGAGAGAUGAGAAUAAACCACAAUUCUUCAGAAGGAUUUCUUCAUUGUCCAGCCUUGAAGUUCUUGGUUCCUUUCUAGCCGAACCGGCUCGCCACAGUUCUAUCAGGAAAUCUGUAGACCUAGAUACUAACUUGGAAUCCAAGAAAGCUCUAUCCUUGUUGUCCGAAUCACCCCUAAUAACAGAACAAGAUAAGGAGCAAGAAGAGAGAAGCCAAGAAAAUCAAAUAGAGAGUCUAAACCAAAUAAUCCUACAACAAGGUCAAGAUUCAGUUCCAAGUUCUUUGGACAAUACUGCACAAGGUUUAGGUCUAAGUUCCCUCGAGAUUUACAACCAUGUAGAAGAAGAUGAAGACGCCUACUUCUGUUACGUAAAGAAGGUUCUAAAACUUUCAGGUUUUCUUGAAAACGUUCACAACGGAGAAAGUUGGCACUCAGAGGAACAACCACUGAAUCCGUCACUGCUCUACGAAGUCGACAUACAAGAAGAAAAAGAAGUGAGCAAAGAGCUUCUCUUUGAUUUGGUUAACGAAGCAAUCGCUGAGACUCGCAACCAAUCACACAUCUAUUUCCCUAAAACAUUUUCGUUUGCAUAUCCAAUUGAGAAACGUUUUCUUGAUGAGGUCUGGGGAAGAGUCGAGUGGAGCCUUUCAGGGUUAGGAGCUGAGAACAGAGAUCGUUCACUGGACGAUAUUGUGGGAAGAGAUCUUACAAAAGGUGAUGGAUGGAUGAAUCUUAGAGGUGAAACUGAAUGGUUGACUCUUGAGAUAGAAGAUCUGAUUUUUGAUGAAGUUUUAGAUGAAAUGAUUUGUGUUUAUUAGUACUUACAUAUGCUGUAAUAAGAUUUAGUAGUUAUACAUGCAUACAUGUACAUAUAUGGUUGAGUGAUACAAAUUCAAGAUUUUAUAGAGUUUGUAAUAUA